CAGGAAGCUCUGAUGUUGCGCUGCUGCCGCCGCUUCGCGUCUACAAUCGGACCCGUUCCCGGCGCUGGUGGCAGCCCCGGGGCCAGCUUCUCUGCCCUGCAGCUGCCCGCAACCUCGGGCAGCUCCUCUGCCCUGCAGUCGCACAACUGGAUUAUUCCCGCCGAGAGGAUCACGCUCUCCUGGGGCUCUCCUUUGGCUGGGGAGGGAGCGAAACAUCUCCUGUCUCCUUGACUGAAAAGGGAAUUCAAACUCAUUGAUCUACCUGAAACCGUGUUCCUGCAAACUCCGUGUGCUUGAGUUCAUUCAACUACAAUAUAAAAUUCACUGCCCCAGAUAGAAAAAUGACAGAGCACUGGAUCACAUUUUUGCUGUUCUUAUCAGAUACUUUGUUGUUUUCCACAGCUAUACCAUCAGAAGGGCAUCAGAAUAUGACAGAGGACUUUGCUCAGCUGAGUGUUACACGGAAUAAAAUCAUGACAGCACAGUACGAAUGCUACCAGAAAAUUAUGCAAGAUCCUAUUCACAGGAAAGAAGGGCCUUACUGUAACAGGACGUGGGAUGGAUGGCUGUGCUGGAGUGAUGUUGCUGCUGGAACUGUGUCAGUACAGCGUUGUCCUGACUACUUUCAGGAUUUCAAUCCAUCAGAAAAAGUUACAAAGAUCUGCGAUCCCAGUGGGAAUUGGUUUAGACACCCAGAAAGCAACCGGACGUGGACAAAUUAUACCCAGUGUAAUAUCUAUACACACGAAAAAGUGAAGACUGCUCUGAAUUUGUAUUACCUGGCCAUCAUCGGACAUGGCCUUUCAAUUGCAUCACUUCUGAUUUCUCUUGGCAUAUUCUUUUAUUUCAAGAGCUUGAGUUGCCAAAGGAUUACCCUGCAUAAAAAUCUCUUUUUCUCUUUUGUUUGCAACUCUGUUGUAACAAUAAUUUCACUGACUGCAGUUGCCAACAAUCAGGAGUUAGUUGCAACUAAUCCAGUUAGUUGCAAAGUGUCACAGUUCAUCUACCUGUACCUGAUGGGCUGCAACUACUUCUGGAUGCUUUGCGAAGGCAUUUACCUGCACACCCUCAUCGUGGUGGCUGUUUUUGCUGAGAAGCAACACUUGAUGUGGUAUUACCUUCUUGGCUGGGGUUUUCCACUGAUCCCUGCCUGCAUACACGCCGUUGCCAGAAGCUUAUAUUAUAAUGACAACUGUUGGAUCAGCUCUGAUACUCACCUGCUCUACAUCAUCCAUGGCCCUAUUUGUGCUGCUCUGUUGGUGAAUCUUUUCUUCCUGCUAAACAUCGUUCGUGUGCUCAUAACCAAGCUGAAAGACACCCAUAAGGCAGAAUCCAACCUGUACAUGAAAGCAGUGAGAGCUACCCUGAUUCUUGUGCCGCUCCUUGGUAUUGAAUUUGUCCUGUUUCCGUGGCGACCAGAGGGACGGAUUGCUGAGGAAGUUUAUGACUAUGUGAUGCACAUCCUCAUGCACUACCAGGGCCUGCUGGUGGCUACAAUUUUCUGCUUCUUUAAUGGAGAGGUCCAAGCUGUUUUGAGAAGACACUGGAAUCAGUACAAAAUCCAGUUUGAGCACAGCUUCAGCCACUCGGACGCCAUGCGCACGGCUUCCUACACUGUGUCAACGAUCAGCGACGUCCAAGGAUACAGCUACAACCACGACUGCACCAGUGAACAUUUAAAUGGGAAGGGCUACCACGACAUGGAGAGCGUUGUGCUAAAGCCAGAAAAGCUAUAUGGGUGACCACCUAAGGCUCAGCACACCUGGCAGGCUUGGCCCCCUAAGCUCCAAGUUUGAGUGAGUGACUUCAUGGCCAGAAGAUUUUGCCUAACUUGGGAUAUGUUAUUCUCCUGAAUGAUGCAAACUAAACCAACUCCUUUCUUACAUGUAUGUAUGUAUUUGCAUAUAUACAUAUGUUUAUUUCUAUGCAUCUCUGUAGUAUGGACAUCUGUACAUAUAUAUCUAUAUAUGUAUGUGCAUUUUGUAUGAGGAUACAAACUUUGCCUCUUCAGUUUCUACUGUGUAGACAAAGUUGGCAAUUUUUUUGUACAAAAGGGAAUCAAUGAAGGAUUUCAUACUUUGAAGGAUUUCUUGCUUUCUUUGAAGGAUUUCUUAUUUUCUUGGCAGUUUAUACGACUGUUGUGUUGAAGCCACUUCGUUUGCCUGUAGAGUGUAAAUAGCACACUGUGUUGUCUUAAUUCAACCUAAACCAGAAUGAAGUAGUUAAAGUAGGUGCAAUAAUAACAAUAGAUUGUGCAGAUUAAUUUUCUGCUCAGCAUUUCACUGCUGAAAAAGCCCAACAGGUAGUCUGAGAUAGCAGACAGAUGGUUUUGAUCUGGCCAGUUUGUUUUAUGCACUAUUUGAAACCAAGCAUAGGGACAGCAGUGCAAGUCUGAGACUUUCCUCACUUCCAUACUGCACUGUAAUACUUUACAGAAGCCUUUAAGCAAGUUUAUUUAAAUUAUAUAUAUAUAUAUAUAUAUAUAUAUAUAUAUGUGUAUAUAUAUAGAGAGAGAGUGUCUUCUUCUCAGGCAUGGGGAAGUUUCUCACUGGCUCUACCACAGAAACGAUGGCUGAGGCCUGACACUAGAAGGAGUAGUAAUAACUUGGGUAACAGUAGAUCCUUCCAGACACUAACUCAUAACUGAAGCUGAUGGAAUUUAGCUGUCUGCUUUAGGAAUUUAUUCAGCUGGGAAUAGAUCACAUACAGAAUUUGUUGUAGCCAUGUUGUUGUUCUGGUAUAUUUUUGUUACCCUGGCCCUAUGCUUGAUAAUUUAUUCCUUCAUUCUUGGGACAAAGUUUUGAUUAAUGUUGUGACUUUUAUUUUUGUCUGAGACAAGGAUGCAGGACUGAAUUAAGUGCCCUCAAAACCAGUCUGUCAGAUUCAGACUAAUCAAGCAAACUGAUGCUAAUAAUUUCUGUCAUUGCAAAAUACAGUAUAAACAUUGUAUGAUAAAGGUUCAGAACUUUAUGGCUUGAGAAUUUCAGUAUUAUUUUGCAGUCCUUGAUUCUGAAUCUCCAUCUCAGUUACUUAGCUUAGAACAAUACUUUAUCAGUUGUUUCUUUGGUCCUGCUGGUGAAUCAAGGUCUCGCUGACAAUGAGAAGGCUGUCAGGAUGGUGUUGAGAAAAUGUCUGUUACAGCAAUAUGGGAUUUUGUACCUCUUUCUAAAGUGGAAUGGCAGAAAUACUCAAGAAUGCAGGUGUGAUGAUAUGAGGUGAGUUCAGAAAAAUCUUAUCUGCAAAAUAAACAACUUUUAUGAUUUUUAGUAAGAUUUUUCUGACAAGUCUGCUCCAAACAUGGAAAAAAACACAAAGCACAAGACAAGUAGAUGCUGGAGUGGACAGAUCGUGAUGAUAAUUAAUGUACUUCUGAUGCAUGUAAGGUGAAAAGUAAAAGAAGGACAAUUCUGAUACUGCUUCAGUUUUAGCUCCUAGCAUUUUUAUAUGAACAACUUGAUUUUAACAUGUAAAUGUUUUUAUUAAUAGCCUUUUUGUAAGCUUUAUGAGCAGGAGGUUAAUUUGCUGUCGCAGCCAUUAUUGGUUUGGCUUUAUAAGGCUUUAAAUGCUUUGUACUUGCAAAUGGUGUGAACUUACCAUAUUCUACCUUUCCAUAGUUCUUUAGAGUGCUUUUGUCUAGAGUUUGAAUGUAGAAAGUGUUAUAAUAAUCAUUAAUUCCACUAUCUAGACUCUCAGCUAGGAUGCACAACUCAGGAUCUCAGUUCUUCUCUAAGGCUGGCAGGUUGAUUGACAGAAAUGAUCUGAAAAUCAGUUGGAUUCUGUACUUCAGGUAGUGUGAAAUCUGGCAAUCAGACCUCAUGGGCUCUUAAGCUGCAGGAAUACAGUAAUAGUGUUGGCUACAACGUGCUUAGGAAGGAAGUUCCAACUCUGCCUUCUGAUCUGUGUAGUGUUAAAACUUGUGCAAUAUUCUGAAAACAGGAGUGGUGCAGGUAAAACCAGCUCUUGUGGAGCACCUCUACACCUGGGGGAACAGACCAUCAACUGGCAUAGAUCUGUCUUGAGUUCCAUUUUCAGAAUCGGUGGGUACUGGCUCCAAAUCAAAGACCAGGCCGGGCCUUGUCCAGAUAAAAAUGCUCUGAAGUCCCUUAUUAUCAGACAGUUAUUUCAAUGGUACCUGGUGAGCAGUCAUCACUAAAACUCGUGAUGGUUUAGAGUGUGAUACAACGUUAGAUGGGAAUUAAGCUUCCUUCUCAUGCAGGCAGUUCAGAGUUAACAUGCUAUGAAUUUUUAUCAUUUAAUGCAAAGUACUGCUUGCUAGUUGCUUCCUGUCCUCUCUUAGGGAAACUUGUCAUGGUAAUUUAGGAAGGAAAGCUGUUUUUCCAUAGAAAUCAUCAUUCUUGUAGGCGAGCAGUCAGGGCGUACUUCUCUGCACAAGUUUGUACUAUGGAAAGGAAACACACAUCCAGCUGGAUGUGCAGGGAAUGUUUGUGGCUGUGAUAUAGGAGAGCUACAUUUUCCCACCCUCAUGAGGUUAACUAACCUAUUCUUGUCUUGCAUUGGAAAACAAACUCCAUCUUUUGUCUUGCUACCUCACCUUUCUUAGUUCCUACUCAACAAAGAGAAGGGUCUGCUUCUUAAACUAGAUUGCUGCCAAAAUAAGUUAAAGUCAAAUCCUUAUGCUGAUAUGUCACAGUUUAUUUCCUGCCUCAGCGGAUUUUGUAGUCCUUAUCUGUAUUCGCUGAGAUGGAAGUAAAUUCUAUUUUGGUGGGGCUGUGAGAUGCCUUUGAACAUGCAGUUAUCUAUUAUUACCUGCUCUUUAUUGGUUUGUUAGUGAGGACUUACUGUAUGAACUUGCAGGGACUACAGAAAUACUUGUCCUGUAUUUGGUCUCUAUAAUACCAGCACAUUAGUAUUGUAGGAGAGGGAAUAGCUCUUUUUAAUGCUACUGUUUCAAUUGAUGAAACAUUUCAUGGCAGGGUCCCCUCCCUUGUUUGUUGUUUGGGUUUUUUGGUUGCAUUUAUGCUAUGUAUUAUUCCAUUGUGAUGAUCUGCUACAGUAUUUGGCUUUAGAAAUGCUGCAACAUGUACUCCUUGUCAUGAUAUGAAGCAUUUGGGCUGGACACCAGACAACAUUCAAUUAUUAUACUAUGUAAAUAAGAUUAAUAGAAGCUAUAGCACUGUAUUUAUUGCUUACACUAGGAAUGAAAUGGAACAAAUGUGAAGUUGUUUUUUGAUUGUGCUUUAUUUUCCUUUUGUUUAUAUGACUCUUCAAGCAUUUUAAUUGCUGAAAGAAGUAUUAUAUUUGUGAUCAAUAAACUGUUACUCUAUUAUGAAGUAACAAAGAUGACCUAAACUAGCUUUUCACACAUCCUGCUCAUGUGUUAAUUAAAUGUGAACCCAGGGAGAAAAUCAUUACAUAGAGUUACUAACCAUUUCUCAGUUUUUCAGUGUUUGUCUAUUUAAUAUUUAGUUUUUCAAUGCAUAGUGAAGUAUUCCACAGUAAUAUAAAAAGGCAGCAUGCACUUAAAAUUAUUUACUCGAGUUUUAUUUCUUGUCUCCAGGAUCUGACUUUUGAUAACAACUUAUUAGUACUUACAUUAAGAAGCUAAAUUUUCUGUUCCAUUGUGAGCUGGCAGCAGAGACAAGAUGAAAUGAGAUUCAUCUGUCUUCUUAGUUCCAUCAGUGUAGGUGGAGCCCCUCCCAGCAUGGUGUUCAACCAAAUCUCAACUGAAGAGACCUACAGAACAAAACAGGUUCUGCACAGAUAACUACAAGAAGCAAAUAGAUCUCUAUUUUAGGUUUACAAACAGAUGUGGUUUGUGGCUAUUAACCAGCUCAUAACCAUGAAAGCAGCCCAGUACUGCACUUAGCUUGAAUUCCCUCGUUUCAGAGGUUUGGGUUACAAAUGAACACAUUCCUUUCUGUCUUGUAUCACAAGUUAGCACAGAAAUCUUCAAUCAAGGGUGAAAAAACUCCAAACUAACACUUGGUAAUUUAUUUGCUAUACCUUGAGUUGCCAUCACCCUACGCUCUUAAUUCCACAUGGGAAUUAACCUGGGACAGACAGAAAUAGAUCUGGAAAUCUCACCUUAGCUGAUGAUAACUGAAUUUUCAUUCUGUUGAGUUGUGAUACAGUAGUUAAACUGCAACAAGCUGGACUGACCAGUUCACUUAUUUUUUUAUAUACUUCUGAUUUUCAGAAAUCACAUGAGUAUAUAUUAGUACAUACUAUAUACCAAACCACACCUCAGUGUCCAUGUGGAAAAGCUGAAAUACAGAUUAGGUGCUUAAUUACUGAUGCAGCUUCUGUCCAAGGGAUGGAUAAAAGUUGUGCUUAGGACACAGAGUAAUGGAGAACUGCAGUGAGUUGGCAGCUCUGGAAGAAAAAAAUUACAAAAAGACCCCAGCAGCUACUUUUUCCCUUGACAAUAAAAGCGUGAAUGUGAUUAAGUGCUCACAAGAAUAAGUAAAGGGCUUGUUAUUAUUACCCUGUUUAAAAAACAGUUAAAGACUAUGGAGAAUAAAGACUAUUUUGAAAAUA